UUAUGAAAAGAAAAGACAAGACAGGAAGCAAGUUGAAUUCUAAAACUAAAAGUCAGUCUCUCCGACUCUUCCUUCCUCCAUUGCUUGAGAGAUAGUUUUCUUCUUCUUCUUCUUCGAUGCCCAGUCGACGGAGGCAUAGCUACACAGGCGGAUCUUCACCUGCAACCGCAUCUUCAUCUUACAGCACCAGCACUCUUCCCGAUCGUUCCCCAGCUCCUUCCUCCACCGACAGACCACCACCAAACUCCCUCGCUCGCUGGAUCUCGGGGAUCUUCAUCAACUGCUUCACUCCUCCUGAUUCCGUUUCCUCCAAGAGUUUCAACGACUCCGAUAUCCGUAGUAGACGGAGCUCAACGGGAAGUGUGCAGAGACAUUACUAUGGUAACGGCAAUGAAACGGAGAAUCCUAAUCAGAGAUUCAGCUUCGACGAAAUCUACGCGGCCACCAAGAACUUCUCCCCAUCCUUCAGGAUCGGACAAGGAGGUUUCGGCACUGUUUACAAGGUCAAACUCAGAGAUGGCUCCACCGUUGCUGUCAAACGCGCCAAAAAGAGUUUACACAAAGACGACCGUCAGGGUGCAGAGUUCAUGAGUGAGAUUAAGACAUUGGCUCAAGUCACUCAUUUGAGUUUGGUCAAAUACUAUGGUUAUUUGGUGCACAAUGACGAGAAGCUUCUCGUUGUUGAGUAUGUUCCCAAUGGAAAUCUCAGAGAUCACUUGGAUUGUAAGGAAGGAAAGACUCUCGACAUGGCAACUCGGCUAGAUAUCGCUACUGAUGUUGCUCAUGCCAUUACCUAUCUUCACAUGUACACCCAGCCACCUAUCAUCCACAGAGACAUCAAAUCUUCAAACGUUCUCCUCACUGACAACUUCAGAGCCAAGGUUGCUGAUUUCGGUUUUGCCAGAUUAGCUCCAGAUACUGAAUCAGGAGCCACUCAUGUCUCCACUCAAGUCAAAGGAACCGCUGGUUACUUAGACCCUGAAUACUUAACUACCUACCAGCUCACUGAGAAAAGCGACGUCUACUCCUUCGGUGUACUCCUCGUCGAACUUCUCACUGGUCGCCGUCCCAUUGAGCUUCACAGAGAACAAAAAGAACGCAUCACCAUUAGAUGGGUAAACAAAUAUAUAUCUCCCUAUCAUCUACUAUGUAAGGUGUUUGUUGACGGUUUGUAAGUUGAUCAGGCCAGCAGAAGUUCACGAGUGAGAUACAAU